GUGAUAUCAGCCCGUUGCCGAGCUGAGAUGACUCUCACCAUUUCCGUCGUGUCGUGUCGUGGGGUGGGGUCGGAAGCUUCCGAUACUUUGAUGGCUCUGGAACCGAACACAAAGAACCAAGACGCCGAUGGAUGCCGAGGUCCCCCGCGCUUGGAGCUCUGGAAUAGAAGGGACGACAGGAGUCAUCAUCGUGACGGUGACUAAUUUGGUUGCAUGCAUGAUGGAAGUCUGAACCUCGUGGGAAUAGCUUUAAGGAGCUUCCCCUCUUUUGCUCCAAGCUCCCGAGGGGCUCCUCCCAAGCUGAAUAUUCAUUUUGUGUUCCCUCACUUCCUGCUAGCCUGAUCUUGUUCCUGCUCCCAUACAGGAGUCACCAACAGAGAGGUUAUAUCUUACCACACCAUAACCACAACCCGCCUCGUCAACAACAAUAAUAAUAACAACAACCGCCAACAUGGCGCCUCCCAAAAUCCGCAUCGCUACAGCCUCCCCCUCCACCCAAUCCACCACCCCCGAAACCCUCUCGCAAAUUGCCCACCUCGCCCGCCGCGCCGCCUCCAACCAUGUUGACAUUCUCCUCCUGCCCGAGGCCUACAUUGGCGGCUACCCGCGCGGCACCAACUUUGGGUGCGUGAUGGGCUCGCGGUCGGCCGAGGGGAGGGACGAGUACCUCCGGUACUUCCAGGCCGCGGUAGAUUUGGGGGAUAUCGUUGGGGAAGGGGGUGCCGGGGGGCUGGAGAAGUGGGUGCGGAGGGAGUUAGCUGGUGACGAGAUUCAGGGAAGGGCGCAGGAGGGGGACAAGGGGGACAAGGUGAAGAACAAGAGGGGGGAUGGGACCAGGGAGGAGUUGGAACGUAUCGCGAGGGAGACGGGGGUGUUCUUGGUGACGGGGUGUAUCGAGAAGGCGGGCGGGAGUCUCUAUUGUAGUGCGGUCUAUGUGUGUCCGAAGAUGGGCAUGAUUGGGAAGAGGAGAAAGGUUAUGCCUACCGCUAUCGAACGACUAGUUUGGGCCCAAGGUUCUCCCGCCACCCUUCGCGCCGUCAGCACCGUCAUUCGCGGCGUUCGCAUCAACCUCGCCGCCGCCAUCUGCUGGGAGAACUACAUGCCCAUGCUCCGCCAAUCGCUCUACUCGCAGAAUAUCAACCUUUAUCUUGCCCCGACCGCCGAUGGCCGUGACACAUGGCUACCCCUGAUGAGGACCGUUGCCAUUGAAGGACGCUGCUUCGUUGUCAGUUCCAACAUGUGUGUGCGCAAAGAUGGAGACAAGCAACAAGCCAAGACCAACGGUGACCCCGCUCUCGCCCAGCAGCAGCAGGAGCAACAGCAGCAAACCGGCAUGAGCGCCGUCGCCGACCCCUCGCCAUAUUCUCGCAGCGACAGUCACAGCCGUCCCAAGCAUAUCCGCAGACAGUCCAUCUUCGACGAAGACGGCAACGAGAUCGUCCUGCCCUGCUGCAACGAGCAAGGUGUUGUCGAAGUCGAGGCGGAAGCCGAAGUUGACGACGAGGCCGUGUCCACCACGACAGCCAAGACUUCCUUGUCUUCUGCUGCUACUCCAGCAGCAUCGGCUCCAGCUCCGGCUCUGGCAUCCAAGCCGGACAACAAUGGGAAAACGUUCAAGUCCCCUAUUAUUGAUAGGUCCACUGGUGCCAAGACGGAGGAAGAGUUUGUGUCUCGUGGUGGCUCGGCGAUUGUCUCGCCGUUUGGAGACGUGCUUGCUGGUCCGCAGUGGGAGGAUGAUGAGGGGAUUAUAUGGGCAGAUGUUGACUUUGAGGAUUGUAUCCGCGGACGGCUGGAUUUGGAUACUGCGGGGAGUUAUUCGAGGAACGAUUCCUUCAAACUUACGGUCGAAGGCCUUGACUUGUCGCCUUUGCCAUACCAAUGAGAAUGGUAUUGGUCACGCCGGUAUUUUGGGUGCGUUGCAAAAUGCAGUCGAAGAUGCGAGACUUCUGUGGACGAAUUGAAUAAGUCGUAUUCUCUCAAUAUCCCGUACUGCAGCUAGAUACUCUUCCAUUGAACACUCGCCAAUGUCAAGCGGACCAACUCUACAUGUUGUAUUACCCGACUACUCUAGUAUUACAGUCCAGUACUGGUUUGUUUGUUAGCUCGAGACCUCGUGUCAACUUUCCUAUGCGUCUUCACAGCUAACUAACGCGUGUUGUUACCUUGGAAAUGCCAUUGCUAAUAUUCAAUAUACUAUAUCAAUUCCUACUAGUGCC